GGACCAGGCCGGGCAGGGAGGAGUCCCCCGGAACGAGGGGCAGACCCAGUAUGGGUGAAGGUGUGGGAGCGGAGCGGAGCGGAGCCCGCGGAACGGGGGCCCGAAACAACGUCGGGGCACGGCGUGCGAUGGGACGGACAAGGACCCUCCGGCGUGGGCCCGCGGCAAGCCAGCGGAGAGGGCGGGGCUUACUCGGCGGGCCGGGCGGCGAUUGGCCGGGCGUGCCACGCGGGCCGCUGGGGUUGGCAGUGGCGGUGCGUUGCCGUGGUGACGGGGGCGGGGCAAACGCCCGGAAGCGGAGCCAUGGCGGCGGAGGGUCCCGCCGCGCUGCUGCUGCUGCUGCUCCUGGCGGUAGCGGGCGGCGACGACGCGGACUGGGUGCGGCUGCCCAGCAAGUGCGAGGUGUGCAAAUACGUGGCAUUGGAGCUGAAAUCUGCCUUUGAAGAGACCGGCAAGACCAAGGAGGUCAUCGACACUAAGUAUGGCUUCUUGGAUGGGAAGGGCGCUGCUGUCAAGUACACACAGUCGGACAUCCGGCUCAUCGAGGUGACAGAGAACAUUUGCAAGAGGCUGUUGGACUACAACCUGCACAAGGAAAGGAGCGGCAGCAACAGAUUUGCAAAGGGCAUGUCAGAGACAUUUGAGACCCUGCACAACCUGGUGCACAAAGGUGUCAAGGUGGUGAUGGACAUUCCCUAUGAGCUGUGGAAUGAGACCUCUGCUGAGGUGGCGGAUCUCAAGAAGCAGUGUGAUGUGCUGGUGGAGGAGUAUGAAGACGUGAUCGAGGACUGGUACCGGCACCACCAGACAGAAGAUCUCUCCCAAUUCCUCUGUGCAGACCGCGUGCUGAAAGGGAAGGAUGCCAGCUGCUUAGCAGAGAAGUGGACCGGCAAGAAGGGGGACUUGGCAAGCACGGGGGAGAAGUCGAGCAAGAAGAAGAGCGGGAAAAAGAAGAAGAAAGCGGAGAAGGGACAAAGCGAGGGUGCCGAGAGCUUCUCCCCAGAGGAGAGCGGAGUGCAGGAAGCCACCCCGCUCCCCCACAGCCCCACCGACGAGCUAUAGGCAGCGGCUCGCAAGGACUGAGCGGGGAGAAAGGCUCUCCCCCGUGCCACAGCCGCGGCUUCCGGCCCACCACGGUACGGACUCAUUCCCCCCACGGCGCGCAGGGCCGGGGCCGCGUCCUCCCAGCGCCCGCAGCUCAGCAGCCCGGGACCCUGCGGCGCCGGGGCUGCGAAUAAAGACCUUUUUCGCGGAGCGCCGCUGCGCUGCUUGCCCCGCGCUGCCGGGUCGGCUCCCGGAGGCUCCUCCCCGCGGG